AUGUAUUUGCCAGCUGCUCAGGUAUCGUGGAUAAGCUCGAUACAGAUAUUCUUAUGUUUCCUUGUCGGGAUGAUAUCCGGGAGACUGCCGGACGCAGGAUACGCGCGGACCUUGUAUGCCGUUGGGGCUAUAAUGUGCGUAUUCAGCAUGUUCAUGACGACCACGUACUGGCAGAUUCUGCUGGCACAGGGGCUCUGUCAGGGAAUUGAAGCUAACUUGAUGUACAUGUCAGCAACUACAAACAUCGCUAGAUUCUUCGAAAAGAAGAGAUCGCUUGUAGUAGCUCUUACUGACUGCGGGUCGAGUAGCGGUGCCAUCUUAUAUCCAGCCAUCGUCAAAUUCCCGACGCCUAAAGUGGGCUUUCCAUGGGCAGUCCGGCUGUGUGGGUUCAUAAGCAUUGUUUUGGCCAUCGUUGGAUUCCACCUGCUAAUGCCGCGGGGACUGAGGAAGACUCCCGCGCCAAUUCUCGACCUGGAGGCCUUCAUAGCCGAUUUGAUCAAUUCCUUCGCCCGGGAGAGCUUUGAAAUUGGUGACCUGAAGUCUAUUAAUUUCGUUCUUAUUUCCAAUGCCGUUGCUAUACCGGCGCGCCCCUUCCCCGGCUGGGCCGCGGACCAUCCUAUUGGCCCCGUGGUUACUUACGGGCUGAAUUGUUUUGCCUUGGGGAUCACGGCGUUUGGGUGGAUAGGUGUUCGUCAUAAGCCAGACAUAUAUGCUUACUCUGCCCUUACAGGACUUGUGAACGGAGCUGUGCAGGGCAUUUUUAUGAACGCCGCUAGCAGCUUUGUUCAAGAUGUGAGGAAGAUGGGAACGUGGAUCGGGAUGAAGUUUGGUAUUUGCGGCUUUGCUACACUGGCGGGACCUCCGACCACGGGUGCCAUAGCGGAGGCAAUUACUUAUAUGCACAGAUUUGGGCGGGAUCAACAAUCAUUACUGGGAGUUCCAUAA